CCCCUUCUUCCGAAGCGAUGGCGCUGGCCCUAGCGCUGCUGCCCCUAUGGGCCCUGCCGGUCACGUGCUACGCCCCGGAGGCGCACGUGCUCAGCCCCCGCGGCCCCGCCGCCGAGUUUCGCUCAGACUUCGUCCGCGUCCUCAGAAGUCGGCGCCGGACCCCCGCAGUUCCUCUUGCGGUAGAGCCGGCGAAGCCGGUCAAACAUCCAUUGUACCAAGGGAAUGGUCCUCUGGGAUCAAGAGAGGCCAUGGAAUCUUGUCCGAGGAAAAAGAUCAAGGAUUUCAAGGAGAAGUUGGCGGAAGAGAACUAUUACUUAAUCACUGAGGCAGGGGAGCAAGGACGCGUGCCGGUACUAAUUUUAAGCUUGAAGGAUGAAACUCGGGAAAGAAGACCAGCUAUUGUAUUUUUGCACAGUUCUUACAAAUGCAAAGAAUGGUUGCGUCCAUUGCUCGAGGCAUAUGCUUCAAGAGGUUAUGUGUCUAUUGCCAUUGAUUCUCGCUACCACGGCGAAAGGGCCAACAACAAGACAACUUACAUAGAUGCUCUCAUUUCAGCUUGGAGAAAUGGAGACACAAUGCCUUUCAUAUACGACACGGUCUGGGACUUGAUAAAGCUAGCGGAUUAUCUUACUCUGAGAAAAGACAUAGACUCCUCCAGGAUUGGGAUUACUGGUGAAUCACUUGGAGGAAUGCAUGCAUGGUUUGCUGCUGCGGCUGAUACACGCUAUUCCGUGGCUGUUCCCAUAAUUGGAGUUCAGGGCUUUCGAUGGGCAAUAGACAACGAUCAGUGGCAGGGUAGAGUCGAUAGUAUUAAGCCUCUCUUUGAAGAAGCACGGAUUGAUUUGGGGAAGCGUGUAAUAGAUAAAGAAGUUGUCAAAAGGGUGUGGGAUAGAAUUGCACCCAGUUUAGACUCGCAGUUUGACUCUCCUCAUUCAGUUCCUGUUAUCGCACCUCGGCCUCUCCUUAUUCUAAACGGUGCGGAAGAUCCUCGCUGCCCUCUUCCAGGUUUGGAGACUCCGGUCUCGAGAACAAGCCAGGCUUAUCAAGAAGCUGGUUUUCCAAAAAAAUUUAAGUUUAUUGCAGAGCCCGGAAUAGGGCAUCUAAUGACAGCGAAAAUGGUUAAGGAAGCGAGUGAUUGGUUCGACGAGUUCCUCUAAUAAGCGCUAGUGCUUGGUAACGAAGCAUUUAAGCUGCUGCUUCUAUACUUUUAUUUGGUGAUUGUUGUACUUCUCGAAGUUGCGUUACAGGUUGAAGUUUCAAGUUACAGUGGUGCACAUUUCAUUUUCACUUUGUAUGUUAUUUAAUAGCGUUAUAUUUAGUUCAAAAAAUGUUUGUUAUUAGAAAGGUCAUGUAAGAACUUAGUGCGGUGUGUAUAUAAAAAUCAGCAAAACUCUUUACUUGGGAAAGAAGUUUUUAAGAUCU